AUGCCACCCUGUCCCGGGGGGAGCGCAGCGGGCAGACGGGCCGGGCAGGCAGGCAGGAGCCCGCAGCAGAGCCCCCCGAGCCACCAGCCCGCUGCACACCCCAUGGUCAUGCUGCUCCUCCUGCACCUGCUGCCUGCCAUGCUGCCCACUGCCGUCCUGGCAGGCUGCACCGGGGCUGGUGCCGACCGGCAGCUCAUCCUGGCCAAGGUACGGGCUCGGGUGCUGGAACAUCUGAGCCCACCGCUUCUCCAGGAGGAACCCCAGAAGGAGGCGAGGAGGGUACACCGGAGAGACGUCCUUGAAAACGCCAAAGUGGAGCCCAUGGAGCUGGAGGACACCUCCCAGGUGAUCCUCUUCCCUUCCACAGACGUUCCCUGCGAGCCCAUGCAGCCGGACAAGCUGCUGGAGGAAGAAGGGAUCUUCACCUACCUCUUCCAGCCCUCGGCGCACACCCUGAGCCGCGCGGUCACCUCUGCCCAGCUCUGGUUUUACACCGGCCCUUCGGCUGCCCCCAACCACUCGACCCCUGAUGUGCUGACCCUGUCACCGCAGGGCCGCAUGCCGGUGACGGCCACGGUGGUGCGGACGCCCGAGCACUGGACAGUGUUUCACUUCGCCCCCGAGCUGCUGCCCCAGCUCUCGCAGCCGCUCUUCGUCCUCCUGGUGCGCUGCCCCGGCUGCCCUUGCCUGGCCGAGGGGGACAAGAUGCCCUUCUUGGUGGCCACCACCCGGGCGAAGGGCAGCGAGAGGGCUCGCCGCUCCGCCGUGCCCUGGUCCCCGGCCGCCCUGAGCCUGCUGCAGCGCCCAUCCGAGGACCUGGCUGCCCACACCAACUGCCGCCGGGCUUCCCUCAACAUCUCCUUCGAGGAGCUGGGCUGGGACAACUGGAUCGUGCAUCCCAGCAGCUUCGUUUUCCACUACUGCCACGGGAGCUGCGCCGAGGGCCACGGGCUGAGCCACCGCCUGGGCGUGCAGCUCUGCUGCGCCGCCCUGCCCGGCACCAUGCGCUCCCUGCGUGUCCGCACCACCUCCGACGGCGGGUACUCCUUCAAGUACGAGACGGUGCCCAACAUCCUGGCCCAGGACUGCACCUGCGUCUAAGGGCAUCCCGCAGCCCGCCCCCCGGACAGUGAUCCCAACCAGGAGUUGCUCCCCCAGGGGACACCCCCCCCUGCCCUGCGCCGCAGGGACCAGAGGGACCCAACAGCGGGGUUUGGGCUGUGUCACCCUCCCCUGCUCAAGCUGACGUUUGGGGUUGGUACAUCACACUGCCAGACCUGCCCCACGGCUGUCCCCAGCCUGGAGGAAGCUGAGGUAUGGCAGGUCUGGGACAGGCACAGCCUCGGGCAGAGGCAUCGACCCCCUGCUGAAGCCAGCCCGCUGUCUGCAACCAGCUCAGCCCCCCCGUUUCUUCCCACUUGCUCCCCCCACAAAUUUCUGCUCCCCCCUCAAAUUUCCGCCCUCCCCCCCAAAAAAGGACUGGGUCCCACUCCAGCUGCAGAGUGUAACAGCCUCCCCGUGCCCCACCGGGGAUUGGGAUGUCCCAGUGUGAGCCCUG